GAUACAAUGCACUAAAUCGUAGUCAAAGCUCCCAUCAAUCGAUGCCUUUAAUUUUUGAGGUUAUACCUCGUUGUUGUGUCUGAUUCAAUAACUAUAUUCACCGUUCAAUUUUUACAUGAAUGCUUCAAUUGGCUUUUCUAUCUGAUUAGAGAAAAAAUUCUGCCAAUCGGAGUACUUUUUACACGUAAAAAAAUCAACAGAAUGCCGCAUGUAGAAUCUGUCAGAAUGGCCGAUGUGCACGAAUGUUCUAUAUUGAAAGAUAGUUUUUCGGAAGAGAGAAACGCACCUAGAGUGAAGCGUAGGAAUUUAUUGUUUUCUGAUUACACAAUAAGAAAAAGACAACCCUUUGGCAUAGUAAAGAGACGAGAUAAAGACAUAUUUGUUACUAAUAAAACAAACUUUAAGGCCCAAGUUAAAAAAUGUGAAAAGCUUCUCAACAAUGGUAAUUCUGAAGUGAUUAUUCAUGGCCUUGGUGCUGCUAUACACAGAGCAUGUAGCUUGGCUUUACAAUUAAAGGAGAUUCAUUAUGGUGGAAUAGAAUUAGACAUCAAGACCUCUACAGCGUCUAUUAUUGAUGAUUUUGAGCCUCUUGAUGAUAAUGCCGACUAUGAAACAAUUAAUAGGAACAAUUCAGCUGUACAUAUACGUGUGUUCAGAAAAUUUUCAAUAGGUAGCCUUAAAUACCAAGAAUAAAAUAUAACUUUUAGAAAAGUAUGAGAAAGCUUCUAAUGAAUUAUAAUAAAUGAUCAA